UCCACCACUGGCCUCAUCCCCCCAGGGAUCUCGGGGAAGAGUCAGGUGCUGUUCGCUGUAGUCUUCACCGCUCGAUACCUGGAUCUGUUCACCAACUACAUCUCGCUCUACAACACGUCCAUGAAGGUGGUCUACAUCGCCUGCUCCUUCACCACUGUCUGGAUGAUCUAUAGCAAGUUCAAGGCCACAUAUGACGGCAACCACGACACAUUCCGAGUGGAGUUUCUGGUGGUCCCCACGGCCAUCUUGGCCUUUCUGGUCAACCAUGACUUCACCCCCCUUGAGAUCCUCUGGACCUUCUCCAUUUACCUGGAGUCUGUGGCCAUCCUGCCACAGCUGUUCAUGGUGAGCAAGACCGGGGAGGCCGAGACCAUCACCAGCCACUACCUGUUUGCCCUGGGUGUCUAUCGGACGCUCUAUCUCUUCAAUUGGAUCUGGCGCUACCAGUUCGAGGGCUUUUUCGACCUCAUCGCCAUCGUGGCUGGCCUGGUGCAGACGGUCCUCUACUGCGACUUCUUCUAUCUCUACAUCACCAAAGUCUUAAAGGGCAAGAAGCUGAGCCUGCCUGCAUAGUGGUGGCUCCCGAGGACACCUCCUCAGCAGAAGCGGUGGUGGCGAAAGGAGCGUGGCUGGAGCGGGGCAGGGAGACCUUGGAACCUGCCUGGCCCAAGGGGUAACUUUGAAAAAGAAUCAAUGGACCCUUCUGCCCUCCCUCCCUCCCCAGUGUUGGGGGAAGGGGGGGAGGGCAGGGGGACCCCAGCCUGGGCGAGCUCGAGCUCUGGACCUUGGCGUUUUGCCUUUUCGAGAAACAGACAAGCAAUCUUUUUGGAUUUGAUUUGGGUUUAGAUAACUCCCCGUUCCCCUUCCGUCAUCUUGUCAGCCUCCGGACUCCUGUGUUUUUUCUACACUUCUGGGGGGUGAAUGGGGAGCCCCUGGCGGAGCCCCCGCUCUUCCCUGCCGCCCGCUUCUUCCCCCUCCAGUACUUUGCCAAACACUCAGCCUCUUCCCUGGCCAACAGGACCCCUCCUCCGACUUUUUUCUGGAGAACAGGAGGGGCUGGUGGGGUGACUCCUCCCCUCUGUCUUUUAUAUCUUUUUUGUCAGUUUUUUUGUCCAGGGGCAUGGGGAGGGAGGGAAGGGGCCAUGCCCCAUUUUUGUACAGAAUUGAUGGUUAACUCCUUGUUCACUUGAAAUAAAGAUGAAAAUGAA